CUGAAGAAACUAAUAGAUAUUCUUUUGAUGAGUAUAUGCCAGAUGUAGCACCACUUGGAGAUGUUGGUGGGAAUCCGUCAAUAGAUGCUUUACAGAAUGCUCUUAAAGAACAUAGUCAUAAUUUUAUAAAGCCUGACAUUGAGGAUCCCUUUUUGAUGGAAGUACGGAGAGGAUUUGUUUUAUCUGAUGCCCUGGAGCUGAUACGGGUAUCCCAGGAUGACCUGCACAACCCCUUGAAAAUUAGCUUCAGUGGAGAAGAUGGAGUAGAUUUAGGGGGUUUGAGAAGAGAGUUUUGGAGCCUGUUCCUCCACAAUAUUUCCAAUUCUGUUUAUGUAAAAGGCAUGUUUACUUUGUAUGACAAGACUAGGGAUUAAAUGUUAUGAUGAUUUGAUCAUGUAAGGAAGAUGCGUUUUUUAGAUGGAGGGAAUUAUCUUUCAUGUA